GGACAUAUUGUCAGCCGAACUGCAUUAGCGUAGCUGUGUGCUUCUGGCUGUCUGAAAACACACAGGACUAUAUCUAAACAGGGAAUAAACUAAACGCUGUCAAAUCGUUUUUCUAUUCAGAGAGAAAUGUCUACUAAAGAUGUUUUGCUGUUUGUUGGAAGGACUGGCAAUGGUAAAAGUUCGUCCAUCAACUCAAUUCUCACAGAAGAGAGAACGCAACCUGGUAAUGACAUCUCUUUCUAUGUCGAGAACAAUCUGGUGCUGAUUGAUGGUACUGGAGUAGGUGAUAGCGGCGAUGACAUGAUCGUAGACCCUGAAGAUUUAGUGAGGUCGAUAUCUAGAAAGUUGACCGACGGUUUCACCGCCCUUGUGUUUGUGAUGAAGUACGGGGUGAGGUUUACCCAACAGGAGAAGGACGCAGUACAAACUAUCAAAUCUAUUUUUGGCAAUGACGUAUUUAAAAAAUGGGGGAUUAUCUUGAUGACGUAUGGGGAUAACUUCGAUCUUGAUCAUGAAGAUGGUAACCACACCUUUGAUGAUUGGUGUAGAGAGCAGAAGGGUGAAGUUCAGAAACUGUUUCUUGAAUGUGGCAAUAGAUGUGUGUUAUUUAACAAUAAGGCAAAGGAUGACACAGUUAAAAAUAAUCAAAGGAAGGCGUUACUUGAAAUGGUGGCCGAUGUGAAAAAGAGCGGGCCUUACACUUCUGAGUUACUAAAUCUUGCUAAAGAAAGCCGCGACGAAUGGGUCGGUUUAAACAAGCCAGAAACAAAAUUUGAAGCUAGCAAGAUAUUUGGGAAAUCGAAGUAUGUAGAGCUUCUUCCAAUUGAUUCAACACAUGAAAGGAGCAAUUCUCAAAUAACUAAUGUGGAAAACAAACAUCCACAAAAUAAAAGAGAAGAAUCAAAACAAUUUAUAUUGGAAGAUCAAGGUAUUCAUGAUUUCAAUCACGAUAAGAAAGAUAAGCGCACCAAAGUAAUGAAAAGAAGACGUUCGUGUGAUGAAUAUGACGAGGAAAGGGGGAUGAAGAAGAGGUGCUACAGACUUAGAAAUAUGUCUAUCCAAAAGAAGAUAAUACUGGCUGCUGUAUUAGUUGGAGUGACGAUGAUAAUAAUCCUUUCCGCUACUUUAUCGUAA